AGUCCACCUGUUGCCCACACGCAUGACGGAGGGACAGAGGCACGCGCUGCCCCACGGGAGGCUCUCCACAGCGCCGGAGCGGCGCGCGGGACCUGGACUGGCGCGCGCGUCUUGAUCUCCCGGGCGAACGAUGCGCUCCGCGUGUGCCAACGACAGCGCGGAGGCGGCGGUGAACGGCAGCGGCGACCCGUUCGGGCGCAACGAGGAGGUGGCCAAGCUGGAGAUCGGCGUGCUGAGCGCGACCUUCCUGGUGGCGGUGGCGGGCAACGCGUGCGUGCUGCUGGCCGUGCGCCGCGCCAACAAAAAGGGCUCGCGCGUGCACCUCUUCAUCAAGCACCUGAGCCUGGCCGACCUGGUGGUGGCCUUCUUCCAGGUGUUGCCGCAGCUGUGCUGGGAGGUGACGUUCCGCUUCUACGGGCCGGACUUCUUGUGCCGCGUGGUGAAGCACGCGCAGGUGCUGGGCAUGUUCGCGUCCGCCUACAUGCUCGUGAUGAUGACCGUGGACCGCUACCUGGCCGUGUGCCACCCGCUCGAGACGCUGCGGCGGCGGCCGGCGCGGCGCGCGCGCGCAACCAUCGCGGCCACGUGGCUGUGCAGCGUGGUGCUGAGCGCGCCGCAGUACUUCAUCUUCUCGCUGAGCGAGGUGCGCCCCGGCUCGGGCGUCUACGACUGCUGGGGCCACUUCAUCGAGCCGUGGGGCGUGCGCGCCUACGUCACGUGGAUCGCCGCGGGCAUCUUCCUCGUGCCCGUGCUGGCGCUCGCGCUCUGCUACGGACUCAUCUGCCGCAGCAUCUGGAGGAACGUGAAGGGCAAGGCGCGCGGGGAAGCGGGGACGGUGGGGACGCUGGUGGGGAGGGCGCGGGUCAGCGGCAUGUCCACUAUCUCGCGCGCCAAGCUGAGGACGGUCAAGAUGACCUUCGUGAUCGUGCUCGCCUACGUCGUGUGCUGGGCGCCCUUCUUCAUCGUGCAGAUGUGGUCCGUGUGGGACGAGGAGUUCUCCUGGCACGACUCGGAGAACACGGCAGUGACCCUUUCAGCUUUGCUGGCCAGUCUCAACAGCUGCUGCAACCCCUGGAUCUACAUGCUGUUCAGCGGUCACCUCCUCCAAGACUUCCUGCGCUGCCUUCCUUGCUGGCCGCCUGGCCGCUCAGGGCGCUCUGGCUCAGACGGCAGCGUGCAGAGGACCACCACGGUGGGCAAAGUACCUGCCGCCCGGACUCCCACCGGUGCCUACGACUCGUGGAAGGAACCAUGCAACUCCCGCAAGUCUAGCCAGUCUGUAGUGCUGGACUUCCCUCGCAGAACCAGCCACAACAUCCCGCUCGAGUCUUAGACAUGGCUGAGUUUAAUGUUUACUUACUUUUGGGCCUGGACACUGUCCAUUGUGCAACACCUUUGGGUCCCUAUGUUGGUUCACUAGCUUAUUUAACAGCCAAGCUGGUCAGAACAUUGAGUGUGGUUGCCUAGGUAACAGCAAAGACUUUGGACCAUUUUAGGGCAUUGACAGAAUUGAUUGUGGUUGCCGGUACAUUGAUAACAGGAACGUUUUCAGCUACUUCUGGUCACAACAGUGUUGAUUGUGGUUGCUGAGAUAACAGCAAUGCUUUUAGGGCACCACAAUAUUAAUCGUGGUUGCCUAGGUAACAAGAUCACUUUUUAGCCAUAAACACUGUUGACUGUGGUUGCCUAGAUAAUGGCAACACUAUCGGGCUGUCAACAGAGUUGAUUGAGCUUGCCUAGGUAACAUGAGCACUUUUGGGCCCUGACAGUGUUGAUUGUGGUUGCCUAGGUAGCAGGAAUGCUUUUGGGCCCCAAAAGUGUUAAUUGUUGUUGCCUUGGUAACAGCAGCAUUUUAGGCCACAUUUAGGCUAUCAUCAUUUUGGGCAGGACUUAGGUGCCAUUGUGACCUUGACCACUUUUAGGCCAUGAGAUAUUUGCUGUGGUUGCCUAACAACAACAACAAACAGUAUACUGGCACAGAAUGAAAUACUUCCAAAUAUUAUGUAAACUUAUUCUCUGGUAAGCCUGUCUGUUAUUAUUAUCACAUAGGUCUGGGCAUCAGCCUAGUAAAUAACUUCAGGACGUUUCCAGUAAGUGAAUAAAUAGGCCUGUGGUUGACAGUUUGAACUCUGCUUUCUCAUGCGGUUAAUAAAUUUCAAUUUGAGUUUUUCUAUAUUGGCCACUUGUGUGAAGUCAAACACUAUGUUAGGCUUAAGGACAGAUCCAGAUGUUCUACAAAAACAGAUGCCUAGCUGUAUUUGAUAAGUGAGACAAUUCUUUGACCUGAAAAUGAAUGCAUUUUAAUCAAGAUGUGGCUCUAUUGCAAAAGAGACGAAUCUAUUAAAGAAGAAAAUAGGUGAAAAUGUAUAAUGAAUGUAAAUAUUAGUGUAAUUUGAAUGUGGCCAUGAAAAACAGUUCAGCCAUCGUAAUAUUGAGGUCUCUGUGCAGCCAGGACGCAGACUGUGAGAGCGGAAUCAUUAAGCAGCAGCUGCGUAUAGAACACGCCAGCCAGUUUUCUGAGUGACGCGCUCACUGAAAAGCUGCAAAACCCUGUCUGCAGGGUUGGUGUUUGAGCCCCUGCGUGCCACUGAAGGAAUGCAAGAUGGAGAAAGCAGGAAAAUAUUACUUUUGAACUCAACUCAUGGACAAUCCAAGCCCCUUUUAGGAGCCAGCUUCUUGUCUUUGGCUCAGUUGUUCCCCUAAAUACAUGGGCUUAACCUGUCUGUGCAUGCAUCUCUGCACGGUUUUAGCAUGCUCGCUGUAAGCUUGGGUCAAGUUUAUUUAAGACUCAAAAGUAAUCAAGCCUUACCUUGCUAAGAUUAUUUAGAUUAAAGCAGGAGUGUCCAAUCUUUCCUGCAGUCAGUGUGGCUGGAGGCUUUCAUUCCAAACAAGCAGGAGCACCCGAUUCCAGUUCUUUAAAAUCAACUGAUUUCAGUCAAGGAACUAAUCGUGAUCUCCUGCUUUGCUGAAAUCAAAACUUGCAACCACAGUGGCCCUUUGCGGAUGAAAUUGGACCCCCGUGGAAUGUAGUUUACAGAGGUGCAAAUCGAUCCCUGAGGUUUCCACUCUUUUUAGUUCUUUGUAGGUUAUUUAUACAGUUGAAUGCAAAAGUUUGGUUAACACAUUUUCUACAGUCAACACUCUUACAUUUCCUCUGCUAAUCUAAGCACACACUAUUUAUUUAAGAUAUCGCAGGAUGUGUUAACAUAUUUUCACUUAAAGCAAAAUUAUAUAAGAAUUUUACCUGAAAAUAAUGGCUUUAAAAUCAUUUUGAUGCUAAACUGACUUACAAUAGAGAGAAUGGCUCUGUCAUGUCAACUCUGAGUCCAGAAUACCUGCUAUUGCAUUAUGUAACUUUGGAGGAGCAGGCAUGAGACCUCUUGUGAGGACUGCAUAAUGCUUUAUGGCACCAACAACUUUGGCUGUUCAGGUAGGUCUGAGAAGAAGCCAGGUCAGUAUUCCCGGCAUGGGCAUCACGGCAGAAUCUGCCAAAAGACUGAAGAAGACAGCAUUGAAGAAAGCUAGGAAGAGAAAGAGCGAGAGUGACCAAGCAAGAGUAAAUCUCAGACUGGCUUUUACUCAUUUGCAAGAACUAAAGGAGAUAAAAGGACACAAGGUAGUCUCCCAGCUCACAGGAAAACAAGAAAAUCCGACAGCAGUGUGCAAGUUACAUCCCUGCUCAUGCUAUUUUUGAAAGAUUCCGACGCAGUCUGAAACCUUAUCUGUGUGACUCCUGCCUCUCAGAAGUUUUGUAGUUUUUCUGGAUGCCAAAAUCUAACCUCAGUCUCAUUUCAGGGUAGCAUGCAAAGACAUUAAUUAAUCUCAGGCCAAAUAUUUUGGUCAGACUUCCAAAUUAAAUUUGAAAGUUUGCAACUUUCAUUAAAAUCCUGUAAUAUUACCUGUAAUUCAGCACGGUUCUUUCUCCUCUCUUGCAUUUUUUGUGCCAAAUUCCACCUCCCUCGCAGACUCUGACUCACCUUUGCAUGCUCACGUAUGGAUGCUACAGGUUACACUCAUAAUUUUGGUUAUUUGCAUAAGAAGCAACUGAAAUAUCGCAAGUGUAAUCUGACGGAUUCUGUAUCCAUCAGUUUCAACAAAUGCACGUGUACAACGGGGGCUCAUGGCAUUUAUUUUUACAACAGUGGUGUAAACGUGAGAUAUACCCAAGAAUAAAAUGCAUAAGACUGUUUUAAAAUAAAAAACCAAAUCAAAAGUCAUUUGACAAACUUUUGCACACAACCGUAUCUAGUAAUGUACUUAAAGAACUACUUUUCAGUUUCAGGUUUUGCCUCACAGUGGCAGGAUAGGCACUUUGGAAACAUUCAUAAUGAAUCACCUUUCCUCCAAAAAACCCACAGCUAAGGACAGUAAUGUCUUAAUAUUACUGAUAUUUCUAAAACGUAGACUUUGUGAAAGUAAUGAUUGUCACUGAAGGAGGUAAAGGUAAUUGGCUUUCACCAGGAACCAUUCAAUAUUUCUGAAAGCAUGACUGAAUGACUCCCAACGUUCACUUCAAUGAGCCGCUCGAAAAAGUGCCAAUCAUUCACGUACAAUGCAUCGCUGCUGUGCUCCCAUCGGCUAAAACGGACUUCAUUGCUAGACUGUAGUUUUACAAUGUUUUAGCGGAUCGAUAUUGAUGUUGCACUUUCUUCAUGGCUAUGUGUCCGUGACGUGUUUCAGUCCUCAUGUUUCAUGGCUGGACAUACGUGUGGUCUAGCGCGUGAUUAAGCUUUGUUCCUCAGGCCGACAUCAGUCUUAGUUGUUUACAGCCAUGCCAGGAAGCUCUUUCAUUGUGUGUGAGAACAAAAGAGCGUGUUGAAGAGUGUGUGUGUGUGUGUGUGUGUGUGUGUGUGUGUGUGUGUGUGUGUGUGUGUGUGUGUUUGUGUGUGUGUGUGUGUGUGUGUGUGUGUGUGUGUGUGUGUGUGUGUGAUCAAGCUUUGUUUACUAGUCCACAGAGAAUCCCUCAUCUGCCUAAAGCUUAAAUCUCAUCAGUGUUGACUGAAUGUUUAAACAUUUGGCUAAGCUGGGCUGACUGAUAUACUCAGAGCCUUCUGGUACAUUGAUCACAUUUGCUGUAAAUAUGAAUGAUUUAAAUAAAGAAAUGAUGUAUAUUCA